CUGAAUGAUUUAAAAGGCUCUCGCCUCCCACCGCCUCCUGGUGAUGCGCGAGAUGCUACUGCUGCUGAAGAGAGAGAAGGAGAAGAGAGAGAGGGAAGAGAAAGAGAGAGGAGAGAGAGGCAGAGAGAGCGAGAAAGGGCGAGCGAGAGAGGAGAGAGAGACUGCAACAGCAGCCGACAUGGAGCUCGAGCCUUUCCGGGGGACGGCGAGCAUCCUCUAAUCUGCCAGGGUCACGGUAGAAUACAUUGAUACCUGAGACAACAGAGAACACUUCUAUAUCACCAUGAAGCACUGCUGACACCCCCCUCACCUGACUACCAGAGAGAAGACACUUUCUUCCUCCCAUCCUCUCUCCCACUCAGCCCGUCUUCACAAGGAGAAACGUUAUUUACGAGAAAAGGGGAAAGGUGAAAGGUGAACGCCGGAGGAUAAAAUAGAAAAAAAGCUAAAGCCCUCUCUUGACCCUUGACCUCUAACCACUGACCUGUGACCUCAGUAUGUCAGGUCUGCGUGGUAAGCUGCAGCGUGUCCAGUGGCGGGCAGGAUGGCACUCCUUCACCUCCAGAGUCCUCAGGACCAAACCGGUAGAGAGCAUGUUGGACUCUGGGACAGGUGGUACCAGCAGCCAUGGCACCAAACUAGCGAGGGUGUUGUCCACGGUGGACCUGGUGUCACUAGGGGUGGGCAGCUGCGUUGGCACGGGGAUGUACGUGGUCUCUGGGCUGGUUGCUAAGGAGAUGGCCGGACCUGGCGUCAUCGUCUCCUUCAUCAUCGCUGCUGUCGCCUCUAUACUGUCAGGAGUGUGUUAUGCUGAAUUUGGGGUUCGCGUUCCCAAGACAACAGGCUCAGCCUACACCUACAGCUACGUGACAGUGGGGGAGUGUGUGGCCUUUUUCAUUGGCUGGAACCUGAUCCUGGAGUACCUGAUUGGUACAGCCGCGGGGGCGUCGGCUCUCAGCAGCAUGGCGGACUCACUAGCCAAUAAAAGCAUCUCUACGUUUAUGACUACACACAUCGGAACACUCAACGGCCUGGGUAAAGGAGAGCAGUCGUACCCAGACCUCCUGGCCCUGCUGAUAGCAGUAAUAGUGACAGUGAUCGUGGCCCUGGGGGUGAAGAACUCAGUAGGGUUUAAUAAUGUGUUGAAUGUGAUCAACCUGAUGGUGUGGGUCUUCAUGAUGGUGGCCGGACUCUUCUUCGUUAACGGACACAACUGGGACGAUGGAAGGUUCUUACCCUUCGGGUGGUCAGGGGUGAUGCAGGGAGCGGCAACAUGUUUCUAUGCCUUCAUAGGGUUUGACAUCAUCGCUACGACAGGAGAGGAAGCCAAGAGCCCCAACACCUCUAUACCCUAUGCUAUUACUGUUUCCCUCAUCACCUGCCUUACUGCAUACGUCUCUGUAUCAGUGAUUCUGACUCUGAUGGUUCCCUAUACAGAGAUCGAUGCAGACGCUCCUCUGAUGGAGAUGUUUGCUGUACAUGGCUGUUAUUUUGCUAAGUACAUAGUAGCAGUAGGCUCUGUAGCUGGCCUAUCUGUCAGUCUCCUGGGCUCUCUGUUCCCCAUGCCACGAGUCAUCUACGCUAUGGCUGGAGAUGGACUGCUGUUCAGGUUCCUGGCCCAUGUGUCUCCCUACACUGAGACUCCAGCGGUGGCAUGUGUUGUGUCUGGCUGUCUGGCUGCUCUCCUCUCUCUCCUCGUCUCCCUGCGAGAUCUCAUAGAGAUGAUGUCCAUAGGAACACUACUGGCUUACACACUGGUUAGUGUGUGUGUGUUGUUGCUACGCUACCAGCCAGAAUCAGACAUCCACGGCUUUGUGAACUUCCUGUCUGAGGAGCAGUCCAAUAAGAAGAAGGAGGGCGUGUUAGCUGAGUGUGAGAAGGAAGUGUGCUCUCCAAUCAGUGAAGUAGAUGACUACGGAGGACCUCAAACUAACACCUGUGGAGCUAAGAAUCUCCCCUCGCUAGGCGACAACGAGAUGCUGAUUGGUAAACCAGAUAAAACCACUUACACUGCCAGCCACCCGAACUACGGCACCGUCGACAUGGGCUCCGGCAUCGAAUCAGAAGAGUCGGAGGGCGGGAUGUCGUGGAGACUGAAGAAGCUGAUUGGUCCGCGGUACUACACCAUGAGGAUCAGAUUGGGCCUGCCUGGGAAGAUGGACCGGCCCACUCCGGCAACAGGAAAGACAGUUACUGUCUGUGUCCUCCUCCUCUUCCUCGUAGUCUUCAUCUUCAACUCCUUCAUCAUCUUCGGAGCGGCCAGCAUCGGUGAUGGCAGCUGGUGGGCUCUUCUCCUGCUGAUCUUCCUGGUCAUCUUCAUGGCCCUCCUCAUCGUCAUCAUCCUGCAGCAGCCAGAGAACCCGAAGCGACUACCCUACAUGGCUCCGGCUGUUCCCUGGGUUCCUGCUGCUGCCAUGCUGGUCAACAGCUACCUGAUGUUAAAACUGUCUGCCAUCACCUGGAUACGCUUCGCUGUCUGGUGUUUCCUAGGUAUCCUGAUCUACUUUGGCUAUGGGAUGUGGAACAGUACUUUGGAGAUCAGGUCCAGGGAGCAGGAGGUCCAUGCGUCUACAUACCAGCGCUACGAUGGUCACCAUGCCGGGGUGGACGACGGCUUCUCAGGCUUCAGCGUUGACGACGACCUCUACCCCCCUAGCAACAACGACCCCUGGGCCGCACCAGACGGUGUCGACGGGUCAGGGCUGGUACCCCCCAAGGCUGAUGAUGAUGAUUGGACGGUUCCGAAGGGAGGAGCUAAGAGAGCGCUAGCGGAGGAGGACCCAGUAGAUUUCUGAGAAGAAAGGAAUGAUGGACGGAUGUUUCCGAGAGGAUUGAUAGAUGUUACUGUUGUAAACACCUGAAUGUACUGCCUUCUGCCGGCUGCCUGCCUGCCUGCCGGGUGUGUGUGUGUUGUGUGUGUGUGUCUGUCUGAAUGUUUGUGUGGGUCCCUUGUUACUUAUUUAAAAACAUAAUUUUUUCAUUGAGUUCCAAAGGAAGUAUGAUCCUAUGGAGGAAAGCUGUAGACUACCAAUCAGAAACAGUGGGCGGGGUCUUGGGGUUGAUUUGGUGAUGGGCAUACAGUGAAGGUAUUUUCCUCUCACCAUAGACAGUCCAGAGUGAUGACAGACUGGGAGCGACGAGUCAGCAUUUCCUGGUUCGCCACACUCACAGGAAGUUGUCAGAGCGCUGAUCCGAGGUCACUUCCUGUCACUGGUGCAGGUGUCUCUGCUGCUUCUCUCAUCUCUCAGAGAGGAAACUAGCUACACACACACACACAGACACACACCCGCCUCUCCAGUCUCUAUCUGGGAAGGAGGGGGGCUGAUGGGGUUUUGUGUCACAUUGUAAUUGGACUUUGCUUGCAAUAGUGCCUUCAUCUGUGUGUGCAUGCGUGUGUGUGUUUUUAUUUUGGCUGUGUGUGUGCAUGCGUGCGUGUGUGUGUACGCUUUUACACCUUGUAUCUAUGUCCCCUUCAGGGUCUUACCAGUGGAGUGUGUUUGUGACUUAUUUUGCUCCAUCCCACUCUCUAUGAACCCCCCCCCCACAAGCCCCUGUUGCUGUGUUACUAGAGCUCAGAAUGGAAAGGUUCUAAAUGACAGAUUUGUUCUAAACAGAGUGAUGGACGCCACCCUGCUCUGCUCUGCCUACAGGCUAAAUCUCCAAAUGAACGUUACUAUAUUAGAGAGAAGACGAGAUGAGAAUUGCUCUCACAUCAGACAAAUAUCUCUGAGUGUUUAGUCACAUAGAACCCUCUAAUUCUAUGGUCUCCACCCCCUUGGGGAAGCCUUACUUGUCAAAUGCACUAAACUAAAGAUGCCACGCGACCCCUCCUACUCUCCACGACCCCUAACCGCUAAUCUAUAUCCCUAACCACACUACCCAGGGUUCUCUCUGCUCUUCAGGGGUGGGCUCGCUUGUGUUGUCCAGUGAAACACACACACACACACACACACACACACACACACACACACACACACACACACACACACACACACACACACACACACACAGUUCAGCUGAACCCAAAACCAGAAAGGGGCUUCAGUAGGUACUCUGUGCUCCUUAGUUGUACUGUAAAUAUUAUGUCUCUGUGUGUGUGAGCGUGUGCACGCUCGUAUGUGUGUGUGUGUGUGUGUUCCAUGCCUGUGGCUAUGUAAUGUGGCUGGCUGGUGAAUGUGAUAGCAUGCUAAUGUGUAUAGCAUGGAUGUAGAUGUUGUAUUUGCAUGUGGUGACCGGCUGCUAAGAGACAUUAUAGAACUAACAACACCCACUCCAAGCUGACCCCUGACCCCUGAUAAGGGAAACUAUAGGGUGAAGGGGACUGGUCGAUCUGGAACUGGGGUAUGAUAUGUAGCAAAUUUAGUAGGUGGUGGUUCUUUGGUUUCAUCUCCACCCCUCACCACCACUAACUCCACCCCUCACUACCACUAACUCCACCCCCUGUGUUUACAAAGCAAGCCAAAGUCCACAACAUUAUGUUAACUUUGUAGAGAACUAGCUUGAGAACUAUUCACUAGCUAGAGUAAAUACAUUCAGUUACAUUCACUAGCUAGAGUAAAUACAUUCAGUUACAUUCACUAGCUAGAGUAAAUACAUUCAGUUACAUUCACUAGCUAGAGUAAAUACAUUCAGUUACAUUCACUAGUUAGAGUAAAUACAUUCAGUUACAUUCACUAGCUAGAGUAAAUACAUUCAGUUACAUUCACUAGCUAGAGUAAAUACAUUCAGUUACAUUCACUAGCUAGAGUAAUACAUAGUUACAUUCACUAGCUAGAGUAAAUACAUUCAGUUACAUUCACUAGCUAGAGUAAAUACAUAGUUACAUUCACUAGCUAGAGUAAAUACAUAGUUACAUUCACUAGCUAGAGUAAUACAUUCAGUUACAUUCACUAGCUAGAGUAAAUACAUAGUUACAUUCACUAGCUAGAGUAAAUACAUUCAGUUACAUUCACUAGCUAGAGUAAAUACAUAGUUACAUUCACUAGCUAGAGUAAAUACAUUCAGUUACAUCCAACAGCAUUGACACAAAAACAUGAGGAAAAACGAUCAAACAAAAAUAGGAGUAUUUUUCUACUGCUGGGUCACGCCCACAACUAUCCCUAACCACACUACCCAGGUCCUCCAAUGGUGGGCCUCCACAGUAAGUGGGUGAGGUUUAUCCACUUUCACUUCUUGUAUUUCGCCCAAUCAGAGCUCAGCUUGGGAGGAAACGGUAAAAGCUUAUAUUUUUAACUACUUCUAUCUCUAGUCGGUUAAGGUUAAGUAAAAAAAAAAUGUGUAUUUUCUUUUAACGAUCUUAUAACAUUUAUUACAGUCUAAAGUAGGCAAAUUAGAAGGUUAUAAAAACAUUUAAAAAACAAUAAACACUAUUUUAUUACAACACUAAAGAAAACGUUGCCGCUGUUGCUUUUAAAGUCUGAGGUGCUGUUGGUUUGUUCAUUUUGUCUCGGGAGAAGGUGUGCCAUGUCUCUGUCCACUUCCUGGUAUUCAAUCAUAAUGCAUUCCGGUUUGAACCGCACAGAACGUCAACAAUCUUCCUAACAGCUUCCUAAAGCCCAUUUAGGGACGGGUGAUAUAAAUUAACACCAGCUAUCCACAUUGGUUAAAUUGCUGGUUUAUUCAAUCGGUCAAUGAAAUGCACUGCGAUUGAAUUCCUGCCUCUAUCUCUCUCCUGCUGUGGCUGGCUGUCUUUGUGGGAUGUUGAGACUGGCUUCUGUUUGCUGACUAGAUAUUUGUUUUUCUUCUGUAUAUUUUUGCUAUCUGAAGUUGUAAAAUGUUCUGAUGUAUUUGGGGUUUUCUGUUAUUGUUUUUGACUUCAUAUGAAAUGACACCCUAUCAGGACUCUGGCCAAAAGUAGUGCACUAUAAAGGGAAUAGGGUGCCAUUUUGAAUGCAGGCCCUAUAUGUGUUUCUGCUCCUGAGUGCACUUGUUUAAUCUGAGUUGUCGAUAUCGCCUCCAUGCAACAAUUAAACAUUAUUUAUUGCAAAUAUGAA